AUGCAGCUGCUGUUGCGCGACUAUCCCUUGACUCCUCCUCCUGGAGCUCGGCACCACUCUCGCCCCAUAUUCUCACCGGAGGACGUAGUACAGCUGUUUCCUUGUGUAAAACACCUUCAUCCUCACGCCACCGAUGCUUACCAUUAUUUCACCACAGGUCAGGCACGAAUUUCAGCCGGUGCUCUACAAGACGGUUUCGAACUUGUAAACGAAUCUCUCAGCCUACUCAAUGGCACAUACAGCUCGAUGCAUCCCGAUAUUGGUGCCUGUAACCGACUUCUGGCACGCCUUUCCUAUGUUAUGGGAGAGCACCCAGCUGCAUUGCUCUUUCAGCAGCGCGCAGCAAUCAUCAGCGAACGUGUCCAUGGAAUCGACAGUCCACAUACCACCACAGAAUAUGUACACUUGGCUCUUUAUUGCUUCGCAUGUGGUCACGUUUCUGUGGCUCUUCAACUCCUGUAUCGUGCCCGCUAUUUGGCAUUAAUUUACCAUGGGGAGUUUCAUCCUGAAAUGGCUCAGAUUGAUGUAAGAUUUUCUUUUGGUAAUAUCGGUUUAAUGCUUCAAAUGUCUGGUGAAUUUGAUUUGUGCAUCCGAUUCUUGGAAAAUGCUCUACUAUUGAACAGAUCAUUCUAUGGAGCUACAGGACUUCGACAAGCAUUUACCUGUCACCUUCUCAGUCGGGCACAUCAAUAUCGAGGCGACUUUCGCACCGCUUUGGAUUAUGAGAAGCUACGCUAUUCUGUUUACAAGGAACGUUUGGGUUCUGACAAUGAAUACACUCGACACAGUGACGAAUGCCUUGUUACUUUGACGCAACAGGCCGUUAACAUGGCCCGUAGAUUGCAAGAGAGGUCUGGAGGUAAAUCAGCUCCUCCCAUCUCUAAAGCAGUAGGUGAAGCAAGCAGCAUUGUAAACACAAGCAUAGCCGCCUCUACAGGGUCAACUUCCGUCACCGGUCAACCUGCCUCGCAUCUACAGGCGACAGGAAGUCGUCAUCUAACAAAUUUGGCUAUCCCUCAUACAGGCACUUUGAGUUUACCCUUCCCGACGCCCGCUGGAAUCUUAGAACUCUUAAAUCGUGUCAAUGGAAUCCUAGUUAUUCAGCUCGCUAAAGAAUCUGAGACCACUGGGAUACCUACUUCAGCGCCAAUCAGUUCCUCUGCCUCCAAAGAUGUCACAAAAAUUACAUCUGCUCCGUCUGCACCGAAAACAUCAAUCAACCCCAUAAAGCGCCAAGGGACCUCUGUCUCUCUCGCUGCGGAGCGUGACUUGCUUGCAUCGACGAAAAACACAAAACUCAAACUGCCUGCUGGUGGCCAACCCGCAAACUGUGAUGAUGUCAGGCUUGAGGAAGCGCCAGACAAUCGUCAGACAACGGAGUGUAUUUGA